UGGCAUCAAUGGUGAUUCUUUCCACGAACACCUCUUUUCCCAUGCUUUUUCUCUUCUUAUUUAAAGACCCUUCCUCUCUACUUCUCUAUCUACCAUUUUCUGUCCACCCACGAACUCUCUCUACCUUCUAUUACUAGAAUUCAUUUUGAAAUGGCAGGAACCAGAGAAGUAGUUUUUCAAGAUUUCUUUCCAUUGAUGAUUGAAAGAUUAGGCUCCGAAGGAUUUAUCAGCGAGCUCUGCAAUGGGUUCCGUCUGCUCAUGGAUGUAGAGAAGGGUCUCAUCACAUUUGAGAGCUUGAAGAGAAACUUCAUGUUUUUGGGGUUGCAGGACUUAAGUGAUGAUGAGCUGUUCUGUAUGUUGAGGGAAGGGGAUUUAGAUGGAGAUGGGGCAUUGAAUCAGAUGGAGUUCUGUAUUCUCAUGUUUAGACUGAGCCCAGGUUUAAUGAAUGGAUCGAGAAGGUGGCUAGAAGAAGCUGUUGUCAAUGAGUUGUAAGCUGUAAUUUUAUAUGUCAAAAAGUUUAUAGAUUAACAAAUAUUGUCUUUCCUGUAAUUUGGUACAAUUGAGUGUGGAUCAGGUUCUAGAAUCAUUCUUGUACGAUUUGAUCCACACAGAUGGAAUUCAUUAUAGGAUUUUCCUUAUA